AUGGCGGCCGCCGGCGACCCCGAGGGCGCGCCCUGCCUGGCGCCCGGGGCCGCCCCGGCGGGCGGCGCGAGGCCGCGCCCGCAGGGCGCCCUGCUGGCCGCCGCAGCGCUGGCGGCCGCCGCCGCGCUCGCGGGCGCGCUCGCUCCCCGCGUCGCUGCCUGCCGGACCACCCCCCCUGAGGCGAAGGACUCGGCGGAGCGGCUGCGGGCUCUCCGCGAGGACGCCAGCGGAGCGGCGAGUCGCGGCCGGGCCCAGCCCGAUGGGGCCCAGUUGGAGGCGGCGGGCUCAGCCGAGCGGCUGCGGGCUCUCCACGAGGAUCCCAGCUGUGAGGACAAGAACCACACAGAUGUUCUGAUGCAGAUGCUGGCGUGGUCGCGCGGCACCAGGAAAGUCGACGCCAGUGCUCGGUGCUCCUUCGACACCGCCGCUCCCAGGCACGACCAGCCGCAGAACAAGUUCUGCGAGCUCCUGAGGGGCUUCUGCAACGACGAGGACCACGGCGAGAAGGUCCGGUCUGUGUGCUGUGGCACUUGCAGCCAGCCGUGCGAGGACAACGACGAGGCUGUCAUCAAGGUGGCAAAUUCUUCAACCGUCGGGCAGGACUUCACCUCGUGCGGAGCUCUAAAGAGAGCCGGCCUCUGCGCUGCUGCGAGGGAAGCUUGCUGCAGCACUUGCAAUGAUCCGCCACCGUGCCCGUGUGAUGAGGGACGGUAUAGCACACAGGAUGAUUGCGCCCUUUUCAGUGCAGACGGAUGA